UGUACUAAAAAAAAUUGAAUUUAAUUAAGUACUCCCGAACAUGGCAGAAACAACUAAGAACAGGUAGUUUCAAGGUUCCUUCCAUGGAUGAAGCAAGAAAUAAAUUGACUUUUCGUCUUGCGGCUGCCAAAUUUAGCGAUUCGGAAAACGAACAAGACACGACAGCAGACCUCUCCGAUCAAACGCAACGCUGAGAUCAAUCUAAGAAAUGGAGAAUCAUCUGGUUGAACUCUGCAUCAAUUCGGCCUGUCGGUGCAAGGAGAGUGUCGAGAAAUGGCGGAGGCAGAAGCGGAGCCUCGAGCGCUUGCCCUCUCAUCUCGCCGAUGCUCUCCUUCGCCGUUUACAUGCUCGUCGUCUCCUCUAUCCUUCUCUUCUCGAAUAUUUAAAUGCAGAGUUUUCAAAUAUACCAUAGAGGUGGUCGAUCUAAGUGGUGAAAAUGCUGUUGAUUCAGAAUGGAUGGCCUACUUAGGAUCAUUCCGUUACUUGCAGUCAUUAAACGUUUCCAAUUGCCACAGGCUUUCAAGUUCCGGUAUAUGGGCUAUUUCAGGGAUGACUACUUUAAGGGAGUUGAACGUUUCUAGAUGUUUGAAAGUUACUGAUGCUGGAAUUAGGCAUCUUUUGUCCAUACCAACAUUGGAAAAGCUAUGCAUUGCCGAGACUGGCAUCACUGCACAUGGAGUUGCACUUAUUUCUUCGCUAAAAACAUUGGUGUUCUUGGACUUGGGUGGUCUACCUGUCACUGAUCAGGCUCUGAGCUCUCUUCAGGUGCUUACAAAAUUACAAUACCUUGACCUUUGGGGUAGUAAAAUAUCUAACAGUGGAUCCGAUGUUCUGCAAAUGUUUCCAAAGUUGAGUUUCCUGAAUAUAGCUUGGACAAAUGUCACCAAGUUCCCCAACUUGCCUCAUCUAGAGUGUCUGAACAUGAGCAACUGCAUCAUUGACUCUACACUUAAAGGGCUUGGUGCUAAAGUUCCUCUAAGAAAGCUUAUUGCCUCUGGAGCUACGUUUUCUAAUGAGACUGAAGAUCUGGGAUUUGUUGCAAUGGAUGCCCUAUAUUAUCUGGACUUUUCGAAUGCUUCUCUUCACAGAUUCUGCUUCUUAUCUCAUAUGAAAGCAGUAGAACAUUUAGACCUUAGCUCUACUACCAUAGGAGACAGUUCGGUUGAAUUAAUUGCAUCCAUUGGAGAAAAUUUGAAAUAUCUAAACCUCAGCUGCACAGCAGUCAGCUCUUCUGGAAUUGGAAGUUUAGCUGGAAAAGUAUCCAAUCUGGCAACUUUGUCACUCUCUCAUACUAUGGUUGAUGAUGAUGCCCUAUCAUAUAUGAGUAUGAUGCCUUCCUUGAAGUGUAUUGACCUCAGUGAAACAGACAUCAAAGGUUAUAUACACCUAUCAACUCCAGAGACAGUUAAAAUUUUCUCAUUGACAGAAUUGCAAAACCUUGAUUGUUUAGAAAUGUUGAAUCUGGAGCAUACUCAUGUCGAUGAUGAAUCUCUACGUUCAUUAUCAAGAUUUCGAAAACUGAGUCACUUGAUGCUUAGAAGUCCCUCAUUUACAGACACGGUUUUGAGCUACUUGUCAAUUUUGCCAAAUCUGAAAACUCUCAGCAUUCGUGAUGCAGUUUUGACCAAUCAGGCAUUUGAUACACUUAAACCUGUGGCAACUUUACAAAAGAUUGACUUGAGAGGUUGUUGGCUCUUAACUGAGGGUGGUCUUUCUGUAUUCCACAGAAGAUUUCCACAAAUUGAAGUUAGACAUGAACUUUUUCACUUCUCAUCCAAUCCGACUUCCACUGAUCGACCUUCAACUCAUUUUAUUCCGAAGAAAGUACAACUGAACCAGACAAGCAGAUCUACCGGCAUGUCACCAUAUUUUGUAGAUCAAAGGUUGAAGUAUAGCAAAGAAGAGCUACUUGCCCUACAAUUUUCUUCUCUGUCCCACGGUUCCACAUCUGUCCCUGAAACCGGUCGGAAAUCUGAUACCUGAAGAGCUUGAAGUAUUCUAAGAAUUGAAUUAUUGGGUAAUCCUAUUCACCCUAUUGAUGGCUUAAGUUUAUUACAUUUAGAUUGUAGUGAAGUUUUCGUUGCCCCUUGGGACAUGUCAAUUUGAAUCUUAAUUUUGUGGAUGCUGGGGGGGUGAUUGGGGUGGAAACAUUUGAGGUAAGAAAGGAUGGAGAUCGAAUGAAAGGGAGAAAGGUUUCAGUAGAGGAAAUGGAUAAGAGGUUUAAAAAGUAGAAAUUUGCAGUGGAGUUAAACUUAUUUGUUUAAAAGAAGGGGAUGAAUGUUCUUGGGAUUUUCCAUAGCUUGUUAGAUUCUAGGAAGGUUGGAGUCAGUGUUGUAGAAUAUUAAAUUUAUUCCGUAAUUAUUAUUAUUAUUAUUAUUAUUAUUAUUUCCAAGUGGGGUAAAAUGAGGAUUGAAACCUCCUCCGUUCUCCAAAAAAGAGUUUGCUAAGUGCUUUUGUAAUCUAUGUACCAAAGACAGUCUUCUCCCACGUUUUUAUUAUAUGGAAACUUAGUUUUCUUUUCUUCUUUCA